CGGAGAGCAAACCCAAACAAACUCAAGUUUCUUCCGUGAAGGGGCGGGACGAAGCGAAGACGCGGCGUCUGACUUGCUCUUCUGACAGCCAAUCAGGAGGCUGGGUGCUCAUUCAAACCUGGCCCGGCGCGAGGGCGCGGCUGGAGGUGGAGGUUCAGUUCAUUGUCUAUACUGCUUAUUGAAGGUAUAUAUAUACAAAUGGACUGGUUAUCCGUUUAAUUAUAUAUCAUCAUCUGAAUAACAGAUUUUUUUAAAAUGUCUUCAAGAAAAGACCAGAAAUCAUAAACAUUCUCAAAGAGUUAAAUUCCUCAGCUUGAGUCCUUUUUAAAAGACUAUUUGUUAUUAAUAUGUCAAUGUACAAUACAACUUUUAUACAAAAUCGCAAUGAUGCCUUUGGUUUAUCUUCACAAAAUAAAUCAUCACUUACUGCCCUUAACCAAAGCAGCAGACUUAAGCAACAUAUGAAAUCAGAGAUUCCAGAGUGUGAAAAUGAUGAUUCGUUGUCAAAAUCUCUGAAUAAAAUCAAAGAAGUAAAUAGGACUUAUGUUAUUUCAGCCUGUAAAAAAGUACCAGAAGUAUCUCUCACACCUAACUUGGAAGGCAAGUUGGCACUCCAAAGAAGAACUAGAAAAAUUCAAGAACAACCUUUGCUUGGUAGUCAGCUACAGGAAGAAACAACAGGAAAACUUACAUUGCAGCGUCGGAUAACAACAGACACUUUGGAAAAGUGUAAGACAAAUAAAAAUGUGCCAAAUGGAGUCUACAAUGAGAAAUCUGGUUUGCAACAGAGCAAUAAAAGUGUAAAGACAGCAAACACUGAUAAACUCUCUUUAGGUAAAUCUGUUUCAUCUGUAGUUGAAGAUAUAAAACAAAAAAACCCACCUAUUGAUGAAAAAAACAAUGAAAAAUUUUCAAUUCCCAGGGCAGAAAAUGGCAACCUUUUACAUGAUAGGUCUUCUGUUUUUCAAGCAGUUGAGCCCCAAAGUCAGAAUGAAGUUAGUAGAUUAGGACACUCAGCAGGAAUGAAGCCUAUGCAGAACUCAUCUGAUGUAAAGAUAACUACAACAGGAAAUUUAAGUCAUAGAAGUGUUGGAAAGGAAACAACGAAAAAUUUAAAUAAUAAAUUUGGAAGUAUGGAAAAACCAAGAACACCCAGACAGUGGAUUAUGGAAGAAAGCAAAUUUACACCAAAAAGUAGUAUUCCACAGGGCAGAGUCACAGCUUUGUCAAUUCCGAAAAAUAGGACAUGUCUUCAGAUUGUGCAAAAACAAAAAAGCACACCUAGUUCUUUCCUUGAAAAUAAAAGGGAAAGAUCACAAGAAAAUACUUUAUUGAGAGAAGAAACUACUCAGAACACAUAUAGACAAUCAAAUCUUUUGAAGGUGGAGAAUAGUCAAGUGAUAGUGGCUGUACGAGUAAGACCUUUCAGCAGCAGAGAGAAAACUGAUAACGCAUCUCAGGUGGUUUUCAUGAAUGGCCAAGAGACAACCGUACAACAUCCCGACAUGAAACAGAACUAUAAUUUUGUUUAUGACUUUUCAUUCUGGUCUUUUGACAAAUGUCAUCCUAACUAUGCAAGCCAGAGUACAGUAUAUGAGACAUUAGCAGUGCCACUUCUGGAAAGAGCCUUUGAAGGAUAUAACACUUGUCUCUUUGCUUAUGGACAGACCGGCUCUGGAAAAUCAUAUACGAUGAUGGGAUUUGGGGAAGAACUGGGAAUAAUUCCCAGAUUUUGUGAGGAUCUCUUUUCUCAAAUAGCCAAAAAAGAAACACAAGAGGUUUCCUAUCACCUUGAAAUGAGUUUCUUUGAAAUCUACAAUGAAAAAAUUCAUGAUUUACUUGUGUGUAAAGCUGAAAAUGGACAGAAGAAACAACCUCUCAGAAUAAGAGAGCACCCAGUUUCCGGACCCUACGUAGAAGCUCUGUCAGUGAAUGUUGUGAGUUCUUAUUCUGAUGUCCAGGGUUGGCUUGAAUUGGGAAAUAAGCAAAGAGCAACUGCUGCUACUGGUAUGAAUGAUAAAAGUUCCCGGUCACAUUCGGUUUUUACUUUGGUGAUGACCCAAACAAAGACAGAAUUUGUGGAAGAUGAAGAACAUGAUCACAGGAUCAUCAGUCGCAUAAAUUUAAUUGAUUUGGCUGGCAGUGAACGUUGUUCAACAACACGGACUAGUGGGGAACGGUUGAAGGAAGGUGUGAGUAUUAACAAGUCACUCUUAACUUUGGGAAAGGUUAUUUCUGCUCUUUCUGAGCAAGCAAACCGAAAAAGAGUUUUUAUUCCUUAUCGUGAAUCUGUUCUUACAUGGUUGUUAAAAGAAAGCUUAGGUGGAAAUUCAAAAACUGCAAUGAUUGCUACAAUUAGUCCAGCUGCUAGUAGCAUAGAAGAAACAUUGAGCACACUUCGAUAUGCUAAGCAAGCCGGUCUGAUAAUCAACAUUGCCAAAGUAAAUGAAGAUGUGAAUGCCAAGUUAAUUAGAGAACUAAAAGCAGAAAUUGAAAAGCUGAAAGCCACUCAACGAAACACUCGGAAUAUUGACCCUGAACGAUACAGACGCUGUCAGCAAGAAAUAACUUCCUUAAGAAUGAAACUUCACCAACAAGAAAAGGAAAUAGCAGAAAUGCACAGGGCAUGGAGAGAAAAACUUGAACAAGCAGAAAAAAGAAAGCUUCAGGAAACUAAGGAAUUGCAGAAAGCAGGAAUUACAUUCAAAAUGGAUAAUCGUUUACCAAAUCUUGUCAAUCUCAAUGAAGAUCCACAAUUAUCAGAGAUGUUACUCUAUAUGAUAAAAGAAGGAAAAACUACUGUUGGGAAGUACAAACCAAAUUCAGAUCAUGAUAUUCAGUUAUCAGGGGUGCUAAUUGCUGAUGAUCACUGUAUUAUUAAAAAUUUUGAUGGAACAGUCAGUAUUAUUCCACUAGGAGAUGCAAAAACAUAUGUAAAUGGAAAACAUAUUUCAGAAUCUACCAUUCUGCAUCAUGGCGAUCGUGUCAUUCUUGGUGGAGAUCAUUAUUUUAGAUUUAAUCAUCCAGUAGAAGUACAGAAAGGAAAAAUAUCAUUUUGUGGGUCUCUUCUCACAAAUGAUUGUCCAAAAGACUUUGAGUUUGCAAAAAAUGAAUUGCUUAUGGCUCAGAGAUCACAACUUGAAGCGGAAAUAGAAGAGGCACGGUUAAAAGCUAAGGAAGAAAUGAUGCAAGGAAUCCAGAUUGCAAAAGAAAUGGCUCAGCAAGAACUGUCUUCUCAAAGAGCUGCCUAUGAAAAUAAAAUAAAAGCCCUGGAAACAGAACUGAAAGAAGAAUCUGAGAGGAAGAAAAUGCAGGAAAUAAAUAAUCAGAAGGCUAAUGACAAAAUACAGGAAUUAGAAAAAGCAAAACAGCAUCUGGAACAGAAAGUCCAUGCUAAUAAAAAGCGAUUAGAAAUGGAAACUUUGGCUACAAAACAGGCCUUAGAAGAUCAUACUGUUCGGCAUACAAAGAUUCUUGAAGCUUUGGAGGCUGAGAAGCAGAAAAUUGUUAAAGAAGUACAGAUUUUACAACAGAAUCGGAAUAACAAGGAUAAGAUGUUAACAAUUCAGCCUAAUUGGAAUUUCAUGAAGCUCUCAAUGAUGAUCCAAGAAGCCAACACCAUUAGCAACAAAUUAAGAAAGUGUUAUGUUUUUUAUAGGCAUGAUAUAUCAAGUGAAGGAAAUACUAUUGAGCCUUUUGUUCAGGUCCAAAUUCGUAAUGUUCAACUGGGAAUUUCAACUUUCUGGAGCCUGGAAAAGUUUGAAUCUAAACUUGCAGCAAUGAAAGAACUUUAUGAGAAUAAUAGUAGUGUUAAAAGUGAAGAUAUCUUUUAUGAUCCAGAAGAUGAAUGGGAACCUGAUUUAGCAAAUACAACAGUUUCUUCAUUUUCUAGAAGGAGGAGUAGGAGUUUGAUGAAGAAUAGGAGAAUUUCUGGAUGUUUGCAAGAUAUAAAAGUCCAUCCAGUUCAGAAUCUAAAUUCUACAUCAGGUUUAAUGGAGAAAUCAGACAGUAUUUAUUCAAACUCGACAGAAUCUUUCUUGCCUGGAAUUUGCAAGGAAUUGAUUGGUUCAGCAUUAGAUUUCCUAAGUCAAAAUGAUGAGGAAAAGACUAUGGAAGACAGCUUAAUUACCAGUUUUCUUAAAAUUCAUUCUUGUAUGAUUGCCAUUUCCAAAGCUUAUGAACAACAAGAUGAAGAAAGUCAAGAUAAUUUUUUUUCGACUGACCGAGCAACUCAGUUAUUUUGUAUACAAAUGACAUCUGCUUUUGAACAGCUUGUUGUUCUAACCAAACAUUGGCUUAAUGAUUUUCCACAAUCUACUUCAAUACCUGAUGACGACUUGACACAGGAAGUUAAAAAAUUGGGAGGGUAUUUACAAUUGUUUUUGCAGGGAUGCUGUUCAGAUAUUUCCUCAAUGGUGAAUGAGGUUCAAAAGAAAAUUAUACAAACUGUGCUACAAGGAUUAAGAUAUGUCGGGCAGAUAGCAGUUCUUAAAGGAGCCAAAUUUCAUCUUUCAGAAAACAAUAGGGAUAAAAUGGUGAAUCUUCAGGAGGAUUUCAUAAAUGCUAUUUGUGAUGGUGUAAGGUUUGGUCUGAAUACUCUUUUGAAUUCUGGAUUAGAAAAAAUAAGGCAGCUUCUGCAUGAACUUGAACUCUUCAGACAACAAUGCUCACAAAAUAAGGUUCUAGAAAAGAUGAAAACUAAUGCUAUGGCAUUGACCAGAUUCUUUGAAAAUACCAUUGCUGAUUGGAAAAAGAAGGGUUUUAGAGCUCAAGUUAAAGAAGAGGAAUCGGUAUACCAAGGUGCGGAGAAGCUAAUCAAUUUUGCUACAGAAUUCUUGAAGUUGAAGCAUUGCUUAGAACAAAUUAGUCAAAUUGUUAUUUCUACAUUAAAAGGAUUAGGAUCCUCCAGUGAUGUUAUUCUGCUCAAGAAUUGUGUUGAAAAUAUUUGUAUCUUGGCCAAACAUUUUAAUGAUAACUUCAGUCUGUUUACAUCACUUUCGGAUUCAACAAGUGCCCAUGAUGAUAGAAUAUCUGAUGUUGACUUCAGGGAGAUACAAUCUCUAGCCAAAUCACUUCUCUUGGAUUUUGAAUCUGAAGAACAACUUUAUUUGUUAAAACCCAAGGAAAUAUCUAAACAAAAUAGUAAGGAUGAAGAAAAAUAUAAACUAAUAAGAACCGAUGAACCAAAAUAUGAUUGUAAAUUCCAGAUUCCAUCUUCUGCUCUUUGCACAGAGGAACUUUCACCUAAUAAUAUUGAGUGGGUAUAAACUCAUAUGUAUGUAUAUAUUAUUUUGUGACUAUCAAAGAAAGAAAAAGAAAAUUUGAUUAGUCCCUUUGUUAAUAUAGGAGAAAAGUUAGCAUUAAAAACAUAUACCUGAAGAAUAUGUUUUACAUGUUAAGUAUUAUGGAAUCUUUAUUUUAAAAGAAAUAAAUGUAUGUAUGUGAUACCCACAAAGCCACUUGACAAUUUUCUCCCUUAUGUUAAAACAGCAAGCACAUCAAAGAUACUUUAUUAAAUAAGCACUUAAUUAAUUGUGACUUCUUGGAAUUUUGUAAACAAAAUCCCCAAAUAUUUAUGACAAAGUGAAGUAAGGAAUCCAAGACCAAACUUGUGGUCAUCACGCCUUUAGUCUCCGAUAGAAUUAUUUUGCUUUAUGGUGCUAGGAAUUUGAGGUUUUGAUACUAGCUAUUAAUCAAAGCUCAGUAGUUCAAAAUUAGCUUUUUUAGUGGUUCCCUAAAGGUGGAAAAUAUCAACAGUUGAUGAAAUGUGUUUGUAUAUAUUUUCAGCUAAAAAGAGUUUGUGAAAACCUGAAAAUAAGAGGAAAUAUGUCUUUUAAGAGGAUUGGUAAUGAGAACAUAGCUCUAGUGAUUUAAAUUUAAAUUGUAACUAUUCUUCUCAAGCUCUUGCAUCAUUUUUUAAAAUAAAAUACUCAGGAGUAUAGUAAUCCUAAUUUUCCCUAGCUAUAAAGAUGAUUACCAAAAUAUAUGUAUUUUAUACGCCUACUUUGUUAAACUCUAUCGAUUUCUUCCUAACCCUACUAAAAGGGUCAGUGUUUAGGUAAGUGGUAGGAAUGAAUUUUCUGUUAUAUUUGCUUUUUUAAAGGUGUGUGCUUAUUUACUGUUUAUAGGAUCUUAUGAAUGAAGGUAAUGUCUGAAUUUUCAUCUAAGUAAGAAAAUAUAGAAUACUUUUGUGCAUAUAUUUAUAGGACCCCUUAUUUUGGUUUUUCAUAAUCUUCCACUUUCUCUUGAUGGCUAUAGGACUAUAUGUUCAAAUCUUUAAAUCAUUAAUGUUUAUAAUUAAUAUUAGGUCUCAUUUUCUUGUCUUAGAGAGUCAAUUUGGCAUUGACUCAAAUGCCAAAUGAGUCUUUGUUUCUUCAAAGAGUUUUAGUUAACUGAAGAAAACCAGUUUUUCAUCAAAUAUUCAAAUCUACAUCAUAAUAGGGAGUACAUUUUCUUUCUUUUUUAGUAGUUCUGUUAUACCUAAUUAAAAAUCACAUCCCGAUGCCAGAAUCUCAGCCUGCUACUGAAAGAACCUAAGGAAUCAAAGGUAGGACUUUUCACAGAUGGCACAGUUGUUUCAUUAUGGAUUUAAAAGAAGAAUUUAUAGUUGCAUGGAAACUGAAGCCCAUGAGAUGCUUAGGCACAGGAACAUUUUUACUUGUAGGAUCUCAUGUAAAAGAUAAUUAUCUUUGAACUGUACAAGAAAUGUGGAUAAUUUGUGAUUCUGUGUUGGGUUGAAGAUACCAUUUUCAUGACAUCGAACAGUUCCUGGAAAGUAAUUCUUUUAAACAACACAAGCACUUUGCCUCUUUUCCUUUUAAAUACUGGUAUAGCACAUUACUUGCCUAGCAGAAAUUGGCUGUUUGGUAUAAUGCAUCUAUUUGAUAAUUGUUUUAUUAAUCAGAAAUUUCUAAUGAGCUUCUGCCAUCAUACCUUAGUCAUUACAUGAUUACAUGUUAUUUUCAUUAUGUGCCAAAUUGAAUUGGCUUUCUUGCAUUUGAGUUGCAUUUUUUUCUAAGCCUCAACAUGAUAUUUUUAAUAAAAUCUUUGUACUGUAAUUUCACCUCCAAAAAUAUUCAAAAAUCUAAAUAUUUAUGCAUGCUUUAUUUUUUGCUUAAAAGUAGCAUCAUUUAUUGUGCCUUAAAGUAUCAACAUAGUAAUUUACUAUUUCAUAUGACCUCCCUAAGACAGGUUUCAUCUUCAUAUUCAUUAUUUUAAUCUUUGCUUCCACCCCUCUAAACCCAGGACUACAUUGGUCAAAACUUUUUAAGUCAAAUGUGUAAAUUUUUUGUACAUAUUUAUAUUCUAAAUUCCUAAAGUCCCUAUGUUUGAAUGGGCUUUGAAACAUAUAUUUUGUUAUUCAGAAUCAUGUUUAUAACUGUAAAAUAUUAAAACAAAAAUGCUAUUAAUAAAUCUUGUGAAA